AUUGCCAGCAGGAAAAUAUCUGAAUGGCUUUGAGAACCCUCUUGUUUAGCUCUCUCAAACUAAGAGAAAUAGCCUUAAACAGAUACUUUGGUGGUAGCAGACUUCAUGCAAACAUUGCACUCAGAUAUUUUAGUGCAAACCGGCACGGAGAAAGGUUGUACGCUGGCAACACGAUGGAAGGCGGAGACCCAACACCUGUAGAUGGCAUUGCUAAACAGCAAAUGCCAGUUGUGCAAACAAACCAGGGCUUGAUAAGAGGUUGCAGUCGCCACACCAUCUAUAACGAUAGCUAUCAAGCCUUUGAAGGCAUUCCCUAUGCUCAACCACCUGUUGGAGAGUUGCGUUUUAAGUCUCCGCUGCCAGCGGAGAGUUGGAGUGAUGUGAGAGAUUGUUUGGAGUUUGAAGUAAAGCCAAUGCAAAAAAAUUACCAGGGUGAAAUAGAGGGCUCUGAAGACUGUCUCUACCUGAAUGUUUAUGUUAAAGAGCUCAAGGCCAAAAAGAAACUUCCUGUUAUGGUGUGGAUUUAUGGUGGAGCCUUCAACACAGGUGGCUGCAUAAAAUCCAAAUAUGGUCCAGACUAUUUCAUGCAAAAGGAUGUCAUAUUGGUUACUUUUAAUUAUCGUCUUUCGGUUUUGGGCUUCCUAAGCCUAAAAGAUCCUGCAUUAGAAGUUCCUGGAAAUGCCGGUCUUAAGGAUCAGAUUUUGGCUUUAAAAUGGGUAAAGGAUAACAUCGGUCAUUUUGGAGGUGACAGCGAAAACGUUACUCUGUUUGGAGAAAGUGCAGGCGCUGCAGCUGUUCAUUACCUGCUGUGUGCCGAUAACGCCAAGGGUCUGUUUCACAAGGCCAUCUGUAUGUCGGGUUGUGUGCUCAAUAACUGGGCUUUUAGUGCCAGCACCACAGACUUGCCCUAUAAACUGGCCUGUAGCAAAGGUUACAAAGGCAAAAAGGAAGAUCGUUACGUUUUGGAGUUUCUACAGAAUUGUCCUGCCCAGGAGUUAUUGCAACAGGACAAGCUAAAUGCAGAGGCUAUUUCCAAAGGUGGGUUUUAUGCUUUUAUACCUUCAUUGGAGCCUUAUGAGAGCAGUGACACAAUUGCCAGAAAACCUUUGUUGGAGUCAAUGAAAUCGUCCUGGGGCAAUGAAAUACCCUUAAUUAUUGGAGGCAACUCAUUUGAGGGUUUGGUGCGGUACCCCAUUAUCAAACUGAAACCAGAGAUUUUGGAUUUGUAUAAAAAAUCACCCAAAAUGCUUAUCCCCCAUGAAGUCUUGGCCGAGAAAUCUGAAGAAGAAAUCGAAAAACUUGGAAAAUCUUUGAUGCAAAUACAUUUUCAGGACACUGACAAGGAUAGAAAAAAAUUGUUAAUGGAUUAUCUGGAUUAUUGCUCUUUUCAUUCAUUUUGGCAUGGUCUUCAUAGGGUUGUACUCUCUCGACUAAGGCAUGCUAAAGCCCCCACUUUUCAAUAUCUGUUUGACUUUGAUUCGCCCACCUUCAACCAUCAUCGCAAAAUGUUUUGUGGCAACGACAUUGAAAAGGGUGUGGCCCAUGCCGAUGACUUGGGUUACAUCUUUUAUUCCUACCAUUCCUGGAAAUUGGAUCGCACCUCCGAUGAGUUUUUAACCAUACAACGCAUGGUGGAUAUUUGGACUGGUUUUGCUAAAACUUCCAAUCCGAAUUGUAAGCAUACAAAGGAUGCAGAAUGGAAGCCGUUGUCAGAAACAAAUCUGCAUCAUUGGUUUAAAAUUUCAAAUGACUUGGCAUUUGAGGAAAUGCCAGCGGAGUUUAAACAAAAAUUGCAGGUUUGGAAUGAUUUAUAUGGUGAAGAUUUGUUGUAAAAUGAAAA